CAGUUGAUCGCGUUAAGUAAAUAAAAAAUAAUAAUUAAAAUCUAAAUCGUGUAAAAAAAUUGUUAUCGAAGUUGUGUAAAACUUCAAAAACAAUGUUUUGCAGAAGAAUAAUUGUUAACCGAAUUAGUUUUUACACAAAGUACUUGCUACCAAAUUAUAAUUUUAAACAUAAAUACGAUAACUUCAAGUAUUACAGCUGUUAUUCAUCAAGCCAAACCCAAAAUGAAGAAUUGAAGAAAUUAAGACACAAUUUAUGUUAUCCAUAUACUUUGCGCACUCUGCAUAGACCAUAUUGUACUAAAGGAUCAUUAGACAAAGAAGCUGCACAGACUAAGAAAGAACAUGACAAUAAAGUAUUUAAAAAAAUAACAGAGCUGUUUCCGCAACCACGAGUGACAAUCAAUGAGUUCGUAGCAAAAAUGCCGGAAAAUAUCCUCAGCAUACAUUAUAAGCAAAAUGUUAAUAUUACAGCAAUUUCGAAACGGCUGGCGGCAGAGAAAGCGGCUAUCCAAGCACUAAUCUAUCUAGUUCAAAACAAGCAUAUAGACUAUAGAGGACAACCAAUAUUUAAGAAAGAAGAUAUAACUGAACUAAAGGAAAAAAUGGAAGAAUCCAUAUGUGUAUCUCUCAGUGAUAAGUCUGUGGAGCGUAUUGAGAAAUUGUGGAGUGCAUAUGAGGAGGAGAUAAGUAACAUUUACAAGAGGACCUUCAGUGCCACGGAAAUAGGCUUUGGCUCACCCAUGCCUUUGGCUAAAGAUUCCACUUUAGACGAGGAAGAUGAGUAUUCAGAGAGCGAAGAUGGUGAAAAAGAAGUAGUCAAUGUCUAUGAGACAAAACCUCACCCCGUCUACGGCAAGAGAAUAACGCCACCUUCAAUAACCGAUAUAAUGAGGCGACAUAGAGAGCUUCAGGGCAAAUUUAUUAAAUACAACAAGCAUUUGACACCGUUGCUUAUUGAUGCAUAUGGAGAUGAGAUAGCAAAAAUGCUAGACUGCAGUCGUGUAGCUAUAAUAGUAGGAGCAGCAGGGUGCGGUAAAUCAACUCGAGUGCCGGCCGCCAUCUUGAGACAUUGCAGCGCAGGCACAACCGCCAUAGUCUCGGAACCGAGAAGAGUUGCAGCCAUCGGAUUAGCUGAAAGAGUUGCCAGCGAGUUAGGAGAAGAUGUGGGUGACUCGAUAGGCUAUCAAGUGCGCCUGAAUUCAAAUCCACCUCGUCCGCCGGUCGGAUCUGUACUGUUCUGCACUUCUGGAGUUCUGCUUAAACGGUUGCAGACUAACCCAGGUGAUCUACUACUACAUUCAUAUUUCGAUUCGUGUCCCGUACUGCAAGUGCCAGGCCGAACCUACCCCGUGUCUGAGAUGUAUCUAGAUGACAUUCAGUCAAAAUACGACUUAAACCUGCCUGCUACUGUCAAAAACACCAAGAAGGAGGACGGACGGCCGGUUGUUAAUUGUGAGGAGUUGGUGGAAGUGAUAAAGGCGGUGGACAAAGAGCACAGCACGGGUGCCAUACUCGUAUUUCUGCCUGGUUGGGCUGAGAUCAAACAGACCAGGAUGCUGUUGGACGCUGCGUUGAGUGGAUAUAUGAUUUUGCCUGUGCAUUCUAGACUGUCAACAACAGAGCAGAAGAAAAUGUUCGACACGCCGACCCCCGGCGUUCGCAAGAUCGUCCUGGCGACCAACAUUGCUGAGACGUCCAUCACAAUUCCCGACGUCACUAUUGUCAUCGACACGGGGGCGCAGAGAGAAAGUCGGUGUAGGGAGGCGACUGGCGCUGCAAGUUUAGAAACGGUGUGGGUGUCACGAGCCGGAGCUAAACAGAGAGCUGGACGGGCGGGAAGAGUUCAACCUGGACACUGUUAUAAACUUUACACUAAAGAAAAAGAAGAAGAGUUUAUUCCUCAUACUACUCCAGAGAUACUCAGAAUACCUCUACAACAAACAGUGCUGGAUUGUAAAUCUUACGCACCAGAAGAUAAAGUUCAAGACUUCCUCGCACAACUGCCAGAACCACCUAACCAGAAAGCUAUUCAACUUGCUGUCAAUGACCUUAUUGAUUUAGGCGCCCUGAGCGCCUGCGAGCAACUGACGCGAUUGGGCUCGAUCCUCGCGACACUGACGCUGCCGCCCCGGCUGGGCGCGGCACUGCUUCACGCUUGCAUAGCGGGAUCCGCCGUCGCCGCUGCUGACGUCGUCGCCCACUGCGCCGACAACCUCGAGCUUUUCGAACACGCCGCUGACCGGCGAGACGAAAUCCGCGAAAUUAAGCGUAAGUACAGCAAUACGUCCGACCACGCUGCUUUACAUUGGAUCCAGGAAGUGUUCGAGCAGCUGCGGCGGGAAAAAGGUUGGGCGGAUGUCGACGCGUGGUGUUCCCGGGAAGGCUUGCGGAAGGACCGCCUUAGCUAUGUCAAGUCCAUAACAAAAUUGUACCUAGAAAAAAUACUGCAGUCAGGUGUAUUUGAAUCUACAAUCGAGCCGACAGACCUGAACAGGUUCUCGGACAACAAUGAGUUGACAGCUGGUUUGUUACUGUCUGGAUCUAAUGCAUUGUUGAAGACUAAAAAGCGCAUAAAGACGAAAGGGAAGUUGAUGACUACAACUGAAUUAGUCACUAGCAAUGGCGACCGAGCCCAUAUAGGCAGUGAGAGCGUAAAUCAUGGUAUCACAAAAAAGACCGCCAAUAACAUAUUUUUAACCUACUCUGGUGGUUACCAUUCGACUGAACGAAGAGCACUUGUAGUGCAUAAGACGUCUUUAGUACCACCGCAAGCGGCCCUGCUGUUUUGUAAAGGAAAAAUUGAUGCCUUUUAUAUGUCGGAUGAUGUAAGUAGAGUCUAA